UUGUAGGCAAGUGUCAACGUUAAACUGAGAUCCUCGUCAUUUCAGUGCACUAGCAGAACGCAAAGAGCCGACGAACCCGCUCAAACAAAAUCGAGCUUGUCUAUUUCAUCCGGUUAUGGCUCACAGACUGAAGAACGCAAGAAGAAGGAGAAAGAGAAGAAGAGGAGAGGCAUCUUUUGGGCCAUACGAAGGAAGGUAAAGUCACAGUCGGCUGAAGAAUUGGACGGACAUCUUGGAGAUCGUAACAGUGCUGCAGUCGCCCUGAGCGAAGAAGGACGAUUGGAUGAGUUCAAGCAGUUGGCCGAUGUUAGUGGAGGUUCAAAUGAGCAGAUGUUUCGUGUCAUCUUGCCGGACAGCUCGUCGACGAUUGUGAUGGCAAAGCAUGGCAGGACAGUGAAGGAGGCGUUCCAGAAGUUGUUUGAUAGGAGAAAGUUGGAGUUUGAGUUGCUCGAUGUUGUGAUACAGAGCAACGGCGAGAUCGUCCCAUAUGAAGCUCCUGUUUCAUGCCUUCACAACAAAGAAGUUCGUCUUCAGAGCGCAGGAUUGACUUUCAAAGCACUGUUUGCUGAUGAUGUUCACAUAACAGUCAAAGUAAACAAAAAGAAAACGAUUCUAGACGUUCUGAGUGGCGUGAUGACUCAGAGAGGAUUGGAUAUCGACUGCCACGUUGUUCACCUGGAUAACUGUCCCGUUCCAUUACAACUCGACAUUUCAUCAACUCUUCUCGUAAACCAGACCGUCCUGAUCAAACCCACAGCACAGAUAACGCGCGAAAUCUACGAGAACGAAUCGAGCGCGUCGCCGGACAGAGGAUACCAAAGCGAACGUCCGUCGUCAUCGCUAUCGAUGCAGUCGGAGCAGUCGAACGCGUUGAAAGUCAAGACGCGCAACUUUCAACAGGCGCAUCUCGAUCUGAAGGCGACGAAGUCGGCGCCGACGAGGUCGGCGAGCGGCGACGCGGUGACGGACGGCGAGCUGACGACGUGUCUGCCGUCGAGUCCGCGCGGCAGGAAGUGGGAAGACGAGGUGAAGAAGAUUCGGAAGAGUGGGAGAAAGAAGAAGGAUGAUGCGAGAGUCAGCACGGAAGUGGCGAGCCGUGGUUUGAUGCCGGCACCAUCAACAGACGAUUUGAUUACGUUGUUGAAUCGGAUACAGUGUGAUCGGCUCGACGAUCAGCGCACCGGUUUGCCGUCGUCCGAUCCGUUACCGGAUCUUCUCAUACAACGCACCCAAUCACAAUCGGACGUCCUCGACGGCGGCGCCGACCGACCGCCGUUGUUGCCGCAGAGCGACAGCAAUGAAAGCCGCCGGAGUCUCACACUGCCCGUUACCGUGAACGAAAUGCGGCAGCUCACGCCGCCAUUUGGCGACGACGAAAUUUUGCACAGUCGACGCUCUCCGAACGUCGCGGCGGACAGGAAAUGGGUCGAUGACUAUCCAGAGGUGUGGGAAGUGUCAGACCAAGACUCCAUCGUUGACCUUCCGCCACCCCCACCACCGUUGUUAGAGGCACUUGAUGCACCGCAAAGGAAAGAUUUGGGUUGUUCGCAAGCAUCUCCGUAUCACUCUGAGUUGCCUAGACAGUCAGGGUCACAAAAAGCACGGGAAAUGAGCAGUCAGUUGAGCUGUAAUAUUGAUCAACCUGGUAUGAAUGAAGAUGGAAUAAACGGAAAAAUGGACCAAGCAGGUGUUACUGUCUCUAAGAGCAACAACUUCCUCGACCUGCCCGAUUGGUUUACAGAAGACUACAUCCCGAGACUUCAGUCUCUCGAAGGAAGACGCGGUCGCAUUAGCAGAGAGAAGACUUCACUUGAUGCGGUUCGUUCUCACGGUCGUAUACCACGUGUCUAUCCCAUUGAACAAGAUGUAGCUCAGCACGGUCAAGGCGUCGACUUUGUUACGUCAACUGAUCCGGAUGAAAAGUUACCAGUGUCACCCGGUGCUCAAAGCCACGGCUAUGUGAACGAUAUAAACCAAGGAGGCCCGUUGCUGAACACCAGCAUGGACAGUUUGGCUCUGAUGUCGACGGUCGGGAGUAAGUACAGCGUUGGUGGUGAUUCUCAACGGAUCAGAAAUUGGGCUAUCAGCUUCAGUCGUUUGCUAAAGGAUCCGAUAGGCGUGGCAUGUUUCACGGAGUUUAUGACAUCGGAACACAGCGACGAGAACUUGUCAUUUUGGCUACAGUGUCAGAAAUUUGCCGAAUUGCGGAAGUCUGGAGCGUUGCAGGCAGAAGCUCGAAUGAUCUAUGAUGAGUUUUUGUCCGAGAGUGCACCCACUCCAGUCAACAUUGAUUUCCACACGAUUCACCAGGUGGCUGCAAGCCUCAAUUGUCCUCACAAGGAUAUGUUUGCAAAGGCUCAGCGCGAGGUAUUCAGACUCAUGAAAAUGGACUGUCAUCCUCGCUUCAUUCGUUCGACUCUAUAUCAGCAGUGCGUAGAGACCGAGAUGGAAAACUUACCCUUGCCAAUUGAUCCUCUAUCGCCGAAGGAAUUUACUAAUGAUCACCUUUGUGGUAGGAGGUUUUUGCAUCCGAUUUGUCCGAGACGUCGUUUAGAUCUAAGCAGUCAAUUCGAGGUCAUCUGACAAAGUUGUGUAACCCGGAUUUUGCCUCGUAGCAUAGAAUCAUUCUAUCGCGCCGUCGUACAAAAGUUGCUCACUGCCGCAACAGCAUUAGCCUUAAUUAAUUAGUGCCAACAGACACAUUGUUAAAGUGUUAACACACACAGUAAGUGUAUGACCGACCAACGAGAAGAGCGCCCCUGGCACACAUGCUUAGACCCAGUCUGGAAAUAGGGUUCCUCUUCCUUGUUGUCUAGUACUUCCAACUGUUAAUUAAUUCUCUAGUCGCUAUUUCCUUCUCAAAAAGUGAGUAUACGGAAUGAGUUCGAUACAAGGUUGCUUCCUUGAAAAGGAUUGCCGCAAUCUAUGCACCGAUCUAACACUUGAUUACUUUGAACUAGACCGG